UCUCUCUCUCUCAAUAUCUCUCUCUUUUUCUUUUUCUCUUUCUUGCUUACCCUUUUUAUUCAAACAAAAUCCCAUUUCUUGAAAUCGUUUUCUUUGUUUUCUUGCAAGAAUCUCAUUAGGGUUUUGUAGAUUUUGUUUUUUGAAGAUAUAAUGUCGAUGCAUAGUCGUCGAUCAUCAUCUAUUACAGUACCUUCUUCUUCCUCCCUGUCAAAGCGACAGGCAUCUUCAUCGGACAAUCCAGGAAAAAUCCCCUCCGCCGCUAAUCAAGAUAUGGCUAAGAAGCAGCGGGCCGCUUUAGCAGAUAUGACGAAUCAGAGGAAUGCUAGUAGGAAUGGCGGACGAACCUUUUCUGGGUCUUCUGUUACGGCUGUCUGUCCGAUUAAAACGGCUAAUUCGAAGAAGAUAAUCUCAUCUUCUUCAGCAAAAUUGGGAAAUGUAGAGAGAAAACCAACUUUAGCUGUUUCAGUUACUAGAAACAGUACACCUUUUACUAGAAGUGGUGAUGAAUUAGUAGUUCCAUUGAAAUCUGUUAACAUGGAUAUUUCUCCUUCUCACUCUGAAGGAUCGGUUUCUUUAGAUGAAACCAUGUCUACUUGUGAUUCUUUAAAGAGUCCUGAUAUUGAGUAUCUUGAUAAUGAUAGUCAUGAUUCAUCUUUAAUUGAUUCCAUUGAGAGAAAGACAUGCAACAAACUUCACAUCUCAGAUGAUAUGGAGAUUUCAGGAAAUCAAUAUAAGAAAGAAGAUGAUGACAAAGUUGCAGAUAUUGAUAAUGAUUUCAUUGAUCCACAACUAUGUGCAACAUUGGCCUGUGACAUUUACAAACACUUGAGAGCAUCUGAGAUGAAGAAGAGGCCCACAACUGAUUUCAUGGAGAAAGUUCAGAAGGAUGUUAAUGCCAGUAUGAGAGGCAUUCUCAUUGAUUGGCUCAUUGAGGUUUCAGAAGAAUACAGACUAGUCCCUGAUACACUAUAUCUCACUAUCAACUACAUAGACAGAUACCUUUCUGGAAAUGUGAUGGAUAGACACCGAUUACAAUUAUUGGGUGUUUCGUGCAUGAUGAUUGCAGCUAAAUAUGAAGAGAUUAGUGCUCCACAAGUUGAAGAAUUCUGUUACAUAACUGAUAACACAUAUUUCAAAGACGAGGUUCUUCAGAUGGAAUCAUCUGUUUUAAAUUACCUCAAGUUUGAAAUGACAGCACCAACAAUCAAAUGUUUUCUGAGGAGAUUUGUUAGGGUUUCUUUGAGUGUUGAUGAGGCAGCUUCUAUGCAGUUUGAAUGCUUGGCAAACUACUUAGCAGAGUUGUCUCUUAUUGAAUACAAUAUGCUUUGUUAUGCUCCAUCACUUAUUGCUGCUUCAGCAAUCUUCUUGGCUAGAUAUAUGUUUAACCCAUCUAAGAGACCAUGGAAUACUACUUUGAGGCAUUAUACACUGUAUCAGCCUAUUGAUUUGCAUGAGUGUGUGAAGGCGCUUCAUAGGCUUUGUAAUGGAAGCAACAGUUCCUCAUUGCCUGCAGUUAGGGAGAAGUAUAGCCAGCAUAAGUACAAAUUUGUUGCGAAGAAAUAUUGCCCUCCAUCCAUUCCAGAAGAGUAUUUCCAGAAUGUUAAAGUACUCAAUAGCAGCUGAGGGGAUUAAAAUGUUGAUCUGAAAUGAUGAAUCUUCAACAAUCCAUUUGUUGGCUACAUUCAUUGUAGGAUUAAGAAGAAAUGGAUGAAUGGUCAAUUGUGUAUUGUGAAAGAGAGAGUCUCCUAAUUGUGUAUUGGGGGCAAAUGUGAUCUUUUUAAAUGACAUUACUUCUUAUUCCUUCUUCUUCUUCUUCAUCUUCUUCACUUAACUUUUGUUGACUUUUUAGAGUGCUUGAACUUGUUGUACAUA